AUGAAAACGCUCGCUCGCGGUCACGUGAAAAAGCAGGAAGUGACAGGGAGUAAGCGACGAAGAAGACAGGAUGGUAAAUUGAGCGUCGCCAAAGUGUUUUGUACGACGCAGGCGCUGAUCGCCGGCCUCGAGCGCAUCCCGGACCAGCUGGGCUAUCUGGUCCUCAGCGACGACGGCGUCCUGGCCUCUUCGGGCGAGCUGGAAAACGACGAGCGCACGGCCGGCGCGAUGAUGCAGAUGGUUCGCACGGCCAGUCGCUUCCGGUUGGCGGGGUCGGCCGACGUGCCCUUCAAACGCUUGUCGGUCAUACUGGAGGACUUUGUUCUCACCGUGACCGUUUCUGGACAGAAAGUCUUUGUGGUCAAACGUCAGAACGACCGGCACGAGCCAAUCGGUAUUUAG